UUAUUUAGCGCUACAGUUAUAAUUGCACAUUCGUUGUUUGACGGAAUAUGAACUGAUUGGUCUUAGUCUUUUUUGCCAUAGAAGUGGUUCAGCACAUUUUUGAGUCCGCGUAGAUAAUUUGUGCAUAUACUUCAAUGGGUGACCAAAGGGAAAAAUUUUUUAAGCACCCCAGAAGAAAAACAGCCUACGGUACGUUAACUCAGUUUUUGUAUUUCUUACGAUGAGCAAUAUAAUAUGAUUUACUACUUCUUAGCUAGUCUUGGGUUACAUAUUGCUCUCAGCUUCUAAACGAAAUAGUUGGACGUUUCGUCUUCAUCUUUCAACUGGUCCAUUCAUAAGAUUUAUUUCAAAAAUCAUCCAAUCAAAGGCGAAUAUUAUGGUUCUUGAAAACUUAUCCCAAUAGGUUGGAAUGGUGAUAAAGAUCGAUAACAACUCAAAUAUAAACCAACAAUGAGUUCAUGCGACGGUCGUGAGAAAUGGCGGGGAACGAAAGUGAAAGAGAUGGGAAUUCGACAGCAGUAGGUAGCUUCAGACAACUCAACAGACCGAUAAAGAAAGUAGUUAUUAAAGAUGCAGUUGUUGGAGAGACUAUUUCAAAACAAAACAGAAGCAUCACCCACCUUUGAUCUAAGAGUUGCUUCACGUUAUUUGGAAAAAUCAAAUACUGUCCAUCGAUCUGCUUCGUCUGUAAGAGAAAAGUCGACCAAUGAACGACAAAACAGUUCUAUUGUGAAGCGGCAAUCGUCUCCAAAAUUUGGAGUUAAUGCAUCGAAUGCUCAAUUAGUCAUUGAUGAUUCAGUUGCCUCUGCAAUUCACUCAUAUGACAUGGAACAUGGUAGCGUCACUGAACAUUCUUCUGAUUCAUUAACCUUGGAUAAUCCUGUAAAAAAGCUUAAUGAAUUAGAUGUUGAUUCAGUGUCUGAUAUAUCAUUAGGUGCAUAUACUGUUUGGAUAUUGUUUCAACGUUAUACAUCAUCUUACAUUGUGAAUAAAGCGGAAUGUGAUUAUGCUAAAAUAGUUGGUCUGUUAAAUCGCAUAAAAUCUACACGCGAAGAAAUUAUCCGCUUACGUAAAACAAAACAUGAUUGGGAAAACUGGUUUCAAUCAGUCAAAGAUCUACAUAAUGAGCACAAGAUACUUACAGAUUUAAUUCAAAUGUUGGGUAUAUCUGAAUGUAAUUCAAAAGAGAAUGAUAAUUCUUUAGAAAGUCAAAAUUUUAAUCAAACAGAAUUAAUUCCUCAACUCGAACAAACUAUAUUACAAAAAUUUUCACCUGUAUUAAAUCGUUUAACUAUGAAAGAAAUAAACUUGGAUAAAUAUGAAAAUGUUUGUCACGAUUUACAACAACUUAGUGACAUAGCAUCUUUGUUUUCUAAUAUCAGUGAAAAUGACAUUGAUUCAUUUGAACAAUUAACAAAUGAAGUGAAUAAUUUUGCUGAUCAUUUACAAAAUAGAAUUUAUCCUCAAAAUAUUACACAAUAUGAACAGUUAAUGAAAUGUUUACAAACUUUUAUUUUAUAUACUUCACUAAAAUGUGAACAAAUUGAACGUAAAUGGCUUAAACAAAUACUUUUAUCAGAUUAA